CAUUGGCGCGCGCGGCCGUCGCUCAGCGCUGCCCGGCGGCGGGCCCAGCGGAGGUCGGCGAGCGCGGCGCGGCGGGCGGCAGCAGCAGGGCGCGGCAGCGCCCCAGCGGCGAGUCCCGGCGGCGGCGAGGAGGGACCGCCCGCCCGCCGGCGCCCCAAGGACCCGUGGGCGCUGCGCUAUGGGCAAGAGGAGCAAGCGGCCAGCCGACAGCUCGUCCUCGGGAGACGAGGAGGAGUAUGUGGUGGAGAAGGUGCUGGACCGGCGCGUGGUGAAGGGCCAGGCCGAGUACCUGCUCAAGUGGAAGGGCUUCUCCGAGGAACACAACACUUGGGAGCCGGAGAAGAACCUGGAUUGCCCGGAGUUGAUCUCGGAGUUUAUGAGGAAGUAUAAGAAGAUGAAGGAGGGUGACGGGAACAAACCGCGGGAGAAGGCGGAGAGCGCCAAGAGGAAAGGAGGGCUGCCCACCGGCGGGGAGGACGUCAAGGCCAAGAAGAAGAGGGAGAGCAACGACAUCGCCCGGGGCUUCGAGCGGGGGCUGGAGCCCGAGAAGAUCAUCGGUGCCACCGACUCCUGCGGGGACCUCAUGUUCCUCAUGAAGUGGAAGGACACGGACGAGGCCGACCUGGUGCUGGCGAAGGAGGCGAACCUCAAGUGUCCCCAAAUUGUCAUCGCGUUCUACGAGGAGCGCCUGACCUGGCACGCCUACCCCGAGGACACGGACAGCAAAGAGCGCGACACCCCCCGGAGCUAAGGCGGCCCCCCCAAACCUGUACAUAGCCCCCCCCUCCCCCCGUCAUCUCGUGUGUGUGUGCGUGUGUGUGUGUGUGUGUCCCCCACCCACCCCGUGUCCCCAGGGAUCGCCCCGUCCCUCCCCGCACCCCCGCUGGGGACAGGGGAGGGGACAGUCCCGCCCUGGGCGGGGGGUGCGUUGUGUGUGUCUGCCCCCCCCCCUUUCCUCCUUUGGGGGGUGUCUGAAAGGGGAGGGGGGGCGCUGCCCCUCACCCUGCACCCCCCCCCACGCCCCCAGAAGGGGGUGGGGCAGGUUUGGGGUGGGGCUCAGCCCCAUUUUUUUGCUGUUUUUUCUAAGGUCAGUGUUUUUAGCCGGGGGCCCCCCCCGCGGUCUCCCCGUGUUGUCCCCGUGUCCCCCCCCCCCGUAUUUCCUUCCAAUAAACGGUCACUUUUCAGGA